GACUUCUCAGGAUGAUGUUGGGGUGUCCAUGAUUUUGGUGGGAGUGACGAACGAGAAAAUAUCUAUCUAUCCUUUGUGGUAGUGAUGGUGACUAUGUUCCUUUAUUCUUAAGUCCUAACCAAGUGUUUGCCACAAGAUGAAGGACGGUGAAUGACAGUCGCUCAGCUGAUGACGAAUAGAGAGAAAACCAAUACGAUCGAUUGGUAGACCUUAACUGGAUGACAACCACGUCCACAAACCUGUAUAAAACACGCUUGGACAGCUGCAUUCAUCACUUUCUAGAGGGCAGGUCUGCGGCUGCAGCUUUCCGUCAUCCUGAAAUACUUUCAGUAGGAACCGAAGCCGUAGAUUUCUAGACCCUAUAGGCAAGUAUUUCAAGGGGCAAUCAGAAUCGCAAUGGCGGGCACACAUUUUGUUUCGCUAACUUUUCUGUUGGUAAUGUUGGCGACGCUAUCUUCAGGUCACUUUGUAGGAUUCUUUCGCUUUGUUGCUCCUCCUCCUCAACCACCACCACCACCGCCUCCACCACCACCAACAACAACAACUUCCUCACCGACGCCAUUGUACAGAGCCUUCUUUAAUGUAGCACAAAACCUGCCCCUCGUUCUAUACAACAACCUUGUGUGCAACACACUGAACCAGAACACUGCCACCCGGUCGUUAGCCUCAAGACGUCUGCGAUACAUCUACUACACCAAGACGUGCGCAAGCACUGCGAUUCCCAGCUCCAUCGUGGACGUCGUCGACUACACGAACCUCAUGAAGAAGCUGAGCAGUGGCUUUCUGAGCACCCAGGAACGCCAGCGUGGACAAACGCCUUAAACAGUUCCACGCUGACUGUCCUCAACACCAUCGUGGACUGGGCCUUUGGAGACACGUCUGAUGCCGACAUUAGGAAGGUACCUGACAUUGUCAGAACAUUCCUCGUGUCGUCAACAGCAUCGGAUCAGGACAAAAGAACCAGCUCAUUAAUCUGCUGCUGAGUCUAGAAAAGAAGAUAGCGAUUCAGGGAGUUUGUUCUCUUACGGGAAGAGUCAGCGUAUUGUACCUCAACCAAUACUUCGCCAAAGACUUCUUGCAACCAGCUGUGAACUACUAUUUAUCCCAGCAAGGGAUAGUCGGCAAUCUGACAGCCAUAAUAGGCGCCAUCUCCACACUAUACCCACAGAAACAAGAUGUGGCUACAAAUUUUCAGAAUCUUCUGUCAGGAGCGACUGUGUCCGACUUGCCUGCUGCCUGCUAUCUACUGGAUCUUUAUGCCAAGUCGCCCACCACCCCCGUGUGGCACCGCCCUGCUGGCCCAGACCGCCUACGCCACCCUUAAGUGCACCACCAACUCCUCCCAACCGCUGCCACCGGCGCCAACUUCAACCACCAUAACCACCACCACUUCUACAACUACUAGACCAACCACUACGACAACUGCCAAGCCAACUACUACUACUAAACCACCCACAACAAAGACAACGUCAACCACUACUGCAAAACCUACGACAACAUCAACUACAACAUCUACAUCAACAACAACAACAACAGCAGCUCCAACUACCGCAAGUAUCCAAAAUUGCGGAGCCAGCACAGUAGCCAGCAGGUUGGCCAGCGUGUCCUCUUCCGACUUCGUGUUGUCUUCAAGGAUCGUGGGUGGAGUGCCGGUGGGGUCGUGCCAGGCCAUCCCCUGGCAGGUGCGUCUCAGCAUCGAUGGCAACGAGCUGUGCGGCGCCUCCAUCAUCGACCAGACUCAUCUGCUGACUGCAGCUCACUGUGUGCCGGCUGGCGCCAAAAUAGAGGCUGUUGCAGGAGAGUACGACCUUUUCCGUAAAGAGAGCAGCGAACAAUCAGUACAGGUGUCUAAAGCUACUGUGCACCCCGGGUACACGACACUAGCCAACGGGGCCCUGAUGAACGACGUUGCUGUGCUUACCUUGGCGACACCUCUGAACUUCAGCAACCCCUGCAUCGCCCCGGUGUGCCUGAGUCCAACCUACACUGUUGCUGCUGGUGGUCAGAAGUGCACCGUGUCUGGGUGGGGAACUACAAGCUACCAAGGGAGCGUGUCCACACAGCUGCAGUCUGUUAGCAUCGAGACACACCAGGGGUCAGAGUGCGCCAGUACGUUCGGCUUCAGCACGUUGACCAACUACGUUCCGAGCCCCAGCACGCAGCUUUGUGCCGGCGACCCCGUCAAUGGCGGAAAGGACUCGUGUCAGGGAGACUCUGGAGGACCUUUGACCUGUCAGACCGCAAGUGGCUCCUACGUUCAGGUCGGCGUCGUCUCCUAUGGCAACGGGUGCGCGACUGCCCAGUAUCCAGGUAUAUACACCAGUGUCAGUGCUUACUACGACUGGAUACAGCAGCAACUGCGGGAGUAUAGUGAGGGUGAUGAAGAUUAUGAUGAUACUGAUGAUGAUGAUGAUGAAGACAAAGAAGACCGGUGUAAAAAUGUUUGCCCUCCUCAGGGAUGUCACGAGCGUUUGCUAAUGAUGGUGGAGGGCGUGUUAACGUUUUUCUCGUUGACCCUUGUGAAGCUAGCUUCAGCAGCUCCACCACCACUAUCAGCAACAACUUCUUCACCGAUCCAGGUAUACCAAGCCUUCUUAAAGGUGGCACAAAAGCUGCCUCUCACUCUGUUUAAUAACCUUAUAUGCAACACAAUCAGUCACACCCCUAUCACCCAGUCGGCAACAUUGAGACACAGGCGGUACAUCGGCUACGACAACCCCAAGUGCACGACCACUGCAGUUCCCAGCUCCAUUGUCGACAUCUUUGACUACGCCAACCUCAUCAAGAAGCUGAGCAAAGGAUUUCAGAGCGCCCAGGAACGGCAGGCAUGGACGAAGUCCUUGAACAGUACCACACAGACUGCCCUCAACACCAUCGUGAACUGGGUUUUUGGAACUUCUUCCAAUGCUGAAAUUAGAAAGGUGCCAGACAUUAUAAGGACUUUCCUUUUGUCGUCGACAUCAUCGGAACAGGAGCAAAAGAGCCAGCUAGUUGCUUUGCUGCUGAGUCUAGAGAAGAAAAUAGUGACUCAAGGAAGAUGUUCACCGACAGCAAGAGUCAGUGCGGUGUUUCUGAACCAAUACUUCGCCAAGGACUUCUUGCAACCAGCUGUGAACUUCUCUUUAUCGCGACAUGGGAUCGUCGGCAAUCUGACAGCCAUAAUGGGCGCCAUCUCGACACUGUACCCACAGAAAAACUUUGUCGUUAAACAUUUUAAAAAUCUUUUCUCAGUAGUGACUGUGUCCGACUUGGCGGCUGCCUGCUACCUGCUGGAUCUCUAUGCCAAGGCUCCUACCACCCCCUGUGGCACCGCCCUGCUGGCCCAGACCGCCUACGACACCCUUAUGUGCAGCACCAACUCCUCCCAACCACUGCCGCCGGCGUCAGCCAAUACCAGCAGCAUCUCUACAACUACCAGCCCUAAUGCAAAAAAAUGCGGAAUCAGCACAGUAGCUAGCAGACUGGCCAACAUGUCCAACUCUGAAUUCUUCACUUUUCCACGGAUCGUUGGUGGGGCCCCGGUGGGGUCGUGCCAGGCCAUCCCCUGGCAGGUGCGGAUCACCAUCGACCGCCUGGAGCUGUGCGGCGCCUCCAUCAUCGACCAGACUCACCUGCUGACUGCAGCUCACUGUGUGCCGUCUGGUGCCCAUUUAGAGGUUGUUGCAGGAGAGUACGACCUGUUACAUAAAGAAAGAAGCGAACAGUCUUUGGAGGUGUCUGAAGUCGCUGUGCACCCGAAUUACACGACUCUACCCAACGGGGCCAUUAUCAACGACAUUGCUGUGCUUACCUUGCGAAACCCUCUGAACUUCAGCAACCCCUGCAUCGCCCCGGUGUGCCUGAGCCCCGACUACACUGUUGCUGCUGGCGGUGAGAAGUGCACCGUGUCCGGGUGGGGAACUACAAAGUAUGAUGGGAUGGUAUCCAUACAGCUGCAGUCUGUUAGCAUCAAGACAUACCAGGGGUCAGAGUGCGCCAGUACAUUCGGUUUCCGCUCGCUGAUGAAGUAUGUUCCGAGCCCCAGCACGCAGCUUUGUGCCGGCGACCCCGUCAAUGGCGGAGAGGACGCCUGCCAGGGAGACUCUGGAGGACCUUUGACCUGUCAGACCGCAAGUGGCCACUACGUUCAGGUCGGCGUCGUCUCGUACGGCAAGGGGUGCGCGACAGCCCAGUACCCAGGUGUAUACGCCAGUGUCAAUGCCUACUACGACUGGAUACAGCAGCAUCUUUGAUGAAGUAUCCUGACAAGCUGACAAGCUGAUAGACUGUGUGACUGCCGUGCAGAUUUUUACACUUCCCUGUCAGUGUCUGCAUGAUACUCUGCAUUCGACACAGCUAUGCCAGCGCUUAGUCACCCUGUAUUCAACGGAAUGGUUUUCAUUAAUAACGGCUUGCAAAGAGGACAUCUUUGUUCCUUUUUUUCCGUGCUUGAAAGCCCUUGACUGCUGACUACCGCUAGAGACUGACCCGUCUUCCUGCUGGGACCUCAGAUGUCGUGAAGAGACCCCGCAGGUCCUACAAACACCAUUUAUUGACUUCGUUUUCAAGUAGCGCCUCCAUAUUGUUUUUUGUUUACUUCUAUUCUCCUCUUUCCAUUGCAGUUCAUUUUUAGCGACUUUGUUCACUACAUUUCGACAUAGCCCUGACUAUGUGGUUCUUAGCAUACACCGUGAUUAACAAAGAACUAAAGUGUAUCGAUGGCGCAAAGAGGACACACCGUUUGAGAAUGUGUGCAUGAACAAUGUAUCCUGAGGCUUGAUAAAUUCGUGUGCUUUCCUUACCUUCUGUAAGGGUUAAGACAAUCUCUUUGCAAUAUUUAGUAUGAUAAAUGCCUUCUUUGUGUUUUUUAAAGUAGCAUUUAGAAAGAUCCUU